GUGCAGUGUGUCCAGCCGCGGCCCCACGCGGCCCGCGCGGCGCCUUUGUUGCCGGGCGCCCGCCGCAGCGCCUCUCUGUGUGCAGAUGGUGGACGCGGGCGGCCGCGCGGCCGGGGACGGCUGGAGGAGGAUGGAGGCCGCGCCCGACGGCGCCGCGGACAUCGUGCCGCUGGACCGCUACGACCCGGCGCGCGCCAAGAUCGCCGCCAACCUGCAGUGGAUCUGCGCCAAGGCCUACGGCCGAGAUAACAUUCCCGAGGACCUCAGGGACCCCUUCUACAUCGACCAGUACGAGCAGGAGCACAUCAAGCCGCCGGUCACCAAGCUCCUGCUGUCCAGUGAGCUGUACUGCCGCGUCUGCAGCCUCAUCCUGAAAGGGGACCAGGUGGCCGCCCUACAGGGACACCAGUCUGUCAUCCAGGCCCUGUCCCGGAAAGGGAUUUACGUGAUGGAGAGCGAUGACACCCCCGUGACGGACCCCGACCUCAGCCAUGCCCCCAUAAAGAUGGGCGCUCACAUGGCGAUGGUGGACGCCCUCAUGAUGGCCUACACCGUGGGGAUGAUCAGCAUCGAGAAGGUGGUGGCCAGCGUCAAGCGCUUCUCCACCUUCAGCGCCUCGAAGGAGCUUCCGUACGACCUGGAGGACGCCAUGGUGUUCUGGAUCAACAAGGUCAAUCUUAAAAUGAGAGAGAUAACAGAGAAAGAAGUUAAGUUAAAACAGCAGUUACUGGAGAGUCCCGCUCAUCAGAAGUCUCCCUCCAAGUGGUACUGGAAGUUAGUGCCUGUGCGCUACCGCCGAGAGCACCUGUCUGCGAGGCAGCCACCCUACUUCCCGUUGUUGGAGGAUCUGAUGAGAGAUAGCAGCGAUGGGGCCGCCCUCCUGGCCGUGGUCCACUACUACUGUCCCGAGCAGAUGAGACUGGAGGAUAUAUGCUUGAAGGAGGUAACAUCGAUGGCUGACAGUCUAUAUAACAUUCGGCUUCUGAGAGAAUUCUCAAAUGAAUAUCUUAACAAAUGCUUUUAUCUCACCUUAGAAGAUAUGCUGUAUGCUCCCUUAGUGUUGAAGCCGAACGUUAUGGUUUUUAUUGCUGAACUCUUCUGGUGGUUUGAGAAUGUCAGACCAGAUUUUGUUCAACCCAGGGACGUGCAGGAACUGAAAGAUGCUAAAACAGUGUCACACCAAAAAAGCAGUCGGCCCCCUGUUCCCAUCUCCAACGCCACCAAGCGCAGCUUCCUGGGCGGCCCCACAGCAGCGAGCCCGGCCGAGCUGCAGCCCCCUGCCCACCUGCCUGCCGAGGAGGCGGAACACCUGGGCAAGGGCGCUUCUGCCUUUAGCCCAUCGCAUCCUUUAUUGCCUUUGAGGCAGAAGCAGCAGAAGACAGUGCAGGGAGAGGACCCCCCCGAUCAGCGACACCGAUCUAAUUCUUUAACCCGAGUGGAUGGUCAGCCACGGGGGAUAGCAGUAGCAUGGCCGGAAAAAAAAACCAGGCCUGUGUCAGCGGCGCCCUUUGCUGUCCAUCCUGCUACGAGCUACGACACAGACGCCGGCUCUGGCGACAGCAUCAGCCUGGCCCGCUCCAUCAGCAAGGACAGUUUGGCAUCCAACAUCAUUACCCUGACCCCACAGAACCAGCCGCACCCUGCAACCCCAAAGGCGCCUGGAAAAAGCCUCCUGAACAAUGUGGACAUUGAGGACGAGGACGAAGAGCUCGUGGCCAUCGUUAGGGUGGGAGGGGCUCCCCACGGCAGUGACCCAGGCCCCACAGGUGCCAGGUCUCCCCCGAGGCUGGCAGACACGUUAGACAGUAAGCCUGACAGUUUCUUCUUGGAGCCGUUGAUGCCGGCCGUCCUGCGGCCGGCCAAAGAGAAGCAGACGGUUACCAAGGAGGACGAGUACGGAGAAGGGCGGCCAAGGACCUGCGCGUCCAGGAGGCCCGGCGAGGCCCACCUGCCUCUGGGGCGGAGGAAGGUGCCCAGCAGCCACGGCGGCCGCGACUUGAAUAGGACUUUUACCCCGAUCUGCUCAGAACCCCCUGUGGGUGCGGCCCCUGCGUCCUUGGAGGCCGGGGACGCCCGCAGCAGUGCUUUCGAUCCGCUGUCUCAGGGACAGUCUGCUGACGGCUUCUUUCUUCACGUGGCCGGAGUGGACGAGGACUCGGAGGGCAGGCUCUGCGUCGGCCAUGUGAGAAGCCCCCGCGCCCAUGACCCAGAGCCAUGGACGCUCCUGAGGCAGGACUCCGACUCGGACGUCGCUGACUUCGACGAAGCUGAGCCCGAUUUCGUCGGCGACGACCACCCCGUGCCGACCGCUGCGUAUGGCGGCGAGGAGGAGUCAGCCAAGCUGCAGGCCGACAUGAGGGUGAAAGAGCAUGAGGAUAAGGACGACGCCAGCGGCCGCUCCAGCCCCGGCCUGAGCACCGUCUCUCAGGCCAGCAGCGUCUCCGUGGCCAGUGGGAGCGUGAAGAUGACCAGCUUCGCGGAGAGGAAGCUCCAGAGGCUCAACAGCUGUGAGACCAAGUCCAGCACGAGCAGCUCCCAGAAGACCACGCCCGACGCCUCGGAGAGCUGCCCGCCCCCUCUCACCACGUGGAGGCAGAAGCGAGAGCAGAGCCCUGGGCCACAGGGCCGCGACCACGCCAGCCUGCUAGCCUCUGAGCUGGUCCGGCUGCACAUGCAGCUGGAGGAGAAGCGCAGGGCCAUCGAGGCGCAGAAGAAGGAGAUGGAGGCGCUGUCCGCCCGGCAGCGGCUCCGGCUGGGGAAGGCGGCCUUCCUGCACGUGGUCAAGAAGGGCAAGGCAGAGGCGGCCCCCCAGCCGCUGAAGCCGGGGCUUGUGGCGAGGGAGGGUCCCCAGCACAACGGCGAGGACUUCGGUGGGAGCGCGUCCAGAACAGAGGAGUUUCUGGUCAAGGAGCAGCAGCGAGAUGUGAGCGAGUGUCAGGAUGGGGACCGGGAAAGCCUGGUUUUCCUUCAGCAGCACAGAGCCCGAGACACCGCACUGCACGGGCUGGAGAAGAGCAGAGCACUCUCUGCCGCCCUUUUGGGGGAUGCGGGCGAGGUGGCCGACGUGGGCGAGUGCGACCUUUCCAUCGAGAAGCUGAACGAGACCAUCAGCACGCUGCAGCAGGCCAUCCUGAAGAUUUCCCAGCAGCAGGAGCAGCUGCUCCUCAAGUCCCCUGCAGUGCCAGCUCCAGGCUCCAGAAACAACUGCCAGGACCAGAAGGUCAAGGCGGGCAUCCACUUCGUGGAGCCGCUCUCUCCGCCGGGGGUGCCGGGCCCCCGCAGACCUCCCCGUCUCGGUCAGGGGCGCAGCUCCCGCCCGGGAAGGCCAGCUGAGCUGAAGGUUGCAAAAGACAGGCAGCAGGGUUCAUCCCGAAGCAAGACCCCGACCCCCAGUGUGGAGGCCCUGCCCCAUGGACGGCCUUUCCCGCCGAGGACGCCCUCUGACCCCGGCUGGGACGCAGACCCCACCAGUGAUCCUCACGAGAAGUGCUUCUUCGACACUUACCGGCUGCACGAUGAGAACAACCAGCGGGCGUUGGUCCUGUCAUCUUCCAAAGACGCCAACGUUCUGUCAGAACAAAUGAGCUUCAGAGAAGUUCUGGAGAGCAGUGUGAAGGAGGCCGGGCUCAGUGCCCCCGGGGGUGCGGUCUUGGGAAAGGAGGACGUCCUCGGGGAUGGGCCCCCCAGGAACAAGGCCAGCCUCAUUGAGGUGGACCUGUCGGACCUGAAGGCCCCUGACGAGGACGGACAGACAGAGGGCCACGAGAGCGCGGUGGACCUCGGCGGUGAGGGUGACCAGAAGCUGGGGGUCGGCUUCUUCUUCAAGGAUGAGCAGAAGGCGGAGGACGAGCUUGCCAAGAAGCGGGCGGCCUUCCUCCUGAAGCAGCAGCGCAAGGCUGAGGAGGCCCGCGUACGGAAGCUGCAGCUGGAGGCGGAAGUGGAGCUCAAGAGAGACGAGGCCCGCCGGAAAGCCGAAGAAGAUCGGAUCCGGAAGGAGGAGGAGAAGGCACGGCGAGAGCUGAUCAAGCAGGAGUACUUACGACGGAAGCAGCAACAGAUCUUAGAGGAGCAAGGCCUGGCUAACCCCAAAUCGAAGCCGAGAAAGCCGCGGCCCAAGUCAGUCCACCGGGAAGAGCCACGCGGCGACGCGGGCACCAAGUGCUCCUCAACGCCUGAUAACCUCAGCCGGGCCCAGUCGGGCUCCAGCCUGUCCCUGGCCUCCGCGGCGACAACCGAGCCCGAGAGCAUCCAUUCGGGUGGCACGCCUUCCCAGCGCAGAGUUGAGUCACUGGAAGCCUUGCCCGUAUUAAGCCGCAACGCCAGCAGGAGCACGGACAGAGACUGGGACACGGCGUCCGCAGCGUCCUCCCUCGCCUCGGUGGCUGAGUACACAGGUCCCAAGCUGUUUAAGGAGCCCAGCAGCAAAUCCAACAAACCAAUCAUUCAUAACGCGAUAUCCCACUGCUGUCUGGCUGGAAAAGUGAACGAACCUCACAAGAACUCAAUAUUAGAGGAACUGGAGAAGUGUGAUGCCAACCACUACAUCAUCCUGUUCCGUGAUGCCGGCUGCCAGUUCAGGGCGCUUUACUGCUACUACCCCGACACGGAGGAAAUCUACAAACUGACUGGCACGGGGCCCAAGAGCAUCACCAAGAAAAUGAUCGACAAACUGUACAAAUACAGCUCGGACCGAAAACAGUUCAACCUGAUCCCAGCCAAAACCAUGUCCGUCAGUGUGGACGCACUCACGAUUCACAGCCACCUCUGGCAGCCCAAGCGGCCCGCGGUGCCAAAGAAGACGCAGACCCGGAAGUGAGGCGCGUGGGCCCGCGGCGUGCACUCCCAGGCCUCGCAGACAGGCUUCUCCCGGCAGAAGAGACCCCAGCUCCCAGCGCGCGGGGAUGCCGGGGACAGCGAGGAUGCAGGGCGGCCACCGUGCACGGUGCGGCCCCAGGGCUCCCGGACCCGGGGUGCGUGUAGCCGGAUCCCUUUUACUUGAAGUUCUUCAGCAAAUUGGAAGUGAUGUACUUUGCUCUCUGGUCUCUCGCCCCACCCCCUUUGCACAUGACCCGGCCCCUCACGUUGGCGGCUGUGACCUCGUGAGGUUAUAGGACUGAGACGGGCUCUCGGGUCAGGGUGUCUGAAUGUCUUCAGGAAAGGAAUUCGUAUUGAGGAACCUUUUCCAUUUGGGAAAUUGUAUAUUUAUUGAUUGAUUGUGUCUACUGCCAACGUUUAUAUCCCGCUCUGAGGUUUCUGAAAACAGUUCGUGUUCUUUGCUGCUCAGAAAAAGUUUACUGAAAACACCAGUUCCCUAGAAGCACUGAAAUCUGCACAGUUGUCUGCUAGAAUAACGUGUACAGCACGGCGAUGGCUCUUCCGGGCACGCUCGUGAGGACGGCGAAUGGUACCCUCAGCUGGUGUUUGCUAACUGAAGAUAGGCAAGGUAGCACGUUGCAGCCCUCGCUCGUUAGUCGGGGUAGUACUCUAAUGAUUUGUUCACUUUAAUAAAGACAGAUUUUGGUGAAGUAGAAUAUUUUUCACUCUGAGCAUGUUUCUCUUAAAGGUGAUGCACGUGAGCUGACAGUUCUUCUAGCAUUUUUAUUGUCGCGAUUCCUGCUUCCGGCACAGCACGGUCUGGAGGAGUGCGGUCCUUGGUCCACACUGGUCACUUUGUUUUGCUGCCGACUUAAACCGACAUUUGCCGUUUUCUCGGAGCUCCGAGUAAGUGGGAUGGGCUCAGACUCCCUCCUAGGCUUAGCGGUCUGCACGCUUCUCCAGAGCAGCCGUUGUGGGGUAGGGUGGUCGGGCGGUCCAGUCCAGCCACCUGGGCGCGUGGCCUGACCCUGCCCCAGACUUCAUGUGGCGCUGCAGCUCUGCUGACACCUACGUGACAGCCAGCAGCUCCGACUGCCGGAAGAUUCUGGAGUCACUCGUAUUAGUUUUGCACAUAUUUUCUUGGGAGUGUUACUUGAAUCUAUCUUGAACUGCAGGAAACAAAAGCUCGGUAGAGAGGAAGUCAGACAACUACAAUUGUCCCAUAAUUUUUUAGAUAGAUGAGGGCAGAAACAUGGUACGAAACAUAGAAACACUAGACUGAAUUGUAGGUGGUCUUGUCCUGUCCUCCGAGCAGAAAGUUUGUUGCAAUUGUGUACAUACACGUGUCAGCCAGGGCUUUGCCCUGUACACGUGAUGGAAGGUGGUGUGGUUCUAACGUCCCCGUGAGCUCUCCUUACCAUGCUGUUCACGUGUGCUUUAUUUCUCACUGUAUGUUUGAUAUUAUAUGGUAUUUAUUUUAAGAAAACACUCCACUGUAAUAAAGUAAUUAACUAAUUGCUUUUUGCUAA